UUCAUAACCAUUUAAUUUUCAGUUCAUGUGACUUUGUGUACAAUUUCAAUCAAUUUUGCAAUAAUUUUUUCUGGGUUUGUUUUCAUUUUCAUUUUUUAUUUUUGGAUUUUUAGGCAACAACUAUUGCCGCUUUCGCGCGAAUGACAGUUGAAGAUUCAAGAAAAAUUCUUCCACCUGAGUUCUACCCUUCUUGGGUUGUCUUUACUCAAAGACAGAA